AUGGGCGCCAAUGGUUCAAAACCAGUCGAUCGUAGCCGGAGAGUCAAGGUCAUUGGCGCCGGUUAUCCUCGAACGGGCACAACCACACUCGUCCUUGCUUGUGAGAAGCUGCUCAACGGCCAGGGCCUCCAUGGAGGGUCCCAUGGGCUAGCUCGUGAAGACGAGUAUAACAGGAAAUGUUACGAGCUCUACAAGUAUCGACACGACAAGCCCCGCGUGCUACAACUGUUGAAAGAGCUUACAGAGGGGUUUGUUGUUACAAGCGACAUUCCCUUUUUCAGUUUCGUGCCUGAACUGUGCGAGUUGUAUCCCGAUGCGCAGGUGGUUUAUGUAAAGAGAGAUCCAAAAACCUGGUGGAGGAGUAUGGGGGCUGUCGCGAGUAAUGCACAGACCAAAUUUUUAUCUAUGCUAUUCUGGCCAGUUCCUGGUUGGAGAUGGAGCAUAGGCACUGCAACAUUAGCUUUCUUUCGAACACAAAGAGUUUAUACUGACAACGACUUAGAAUCAAUGGAACGCCAUAUGCAAUCAGUAAUUGACAGUGUCCCCAAGGAUCGACUUCAUAUUGUACGACUGGAGGACGGAUGGGCGCCAUUAUGCAAGAUUCUCGACUGCCCUAUCCCAAACGAGCCGUUCCCUAAAGCUAAUGAUGCCGAAAACGCUGAACAAAUAUUUCUGAACAUGGUAAAACGCUCCCUCACCAUCUGGCUGUACUACGUCUUGGCAGGGACUUGUUUGGCAGGCAGCGGUUGGUGGCUUUGGAAGAAUUUUGGUCACCGAGUAUGA